AUGACGAGCCUCAGAAACGAAUUAACUGCUCAGGCAGUGAAGCACAACGACGUUUCGACUACUGUCCUGAAUAGCUGUAGACUUGACUUCGAAGAUGGAGAGGCCGAGAAACAAAAUCUGGAUCUGGAACAUGACUUUGAGAUGAAGCUCGCAGCUCUCAAGGAGUGCGUAGCUGAUGUGCGCAAUCAGUACGAAAAUAAAUCAUCCUUUCAGUAUAUCUCUCCUCCACCAUUGUUGGUAACUAGCGCUGCUACCCAGACUAUGUGGGGGGUAGGUGAAGAAAAUCACGUAGUUGCUGUAAACGACAAUAAUGAUGAUGAUGAGAAAGUACGAGAACGACUAGCUGUCGACGUACUGCGUUUAAAAAAUGAAAUAGACAAUUUUGACCGAAGAAAUGUUGAGAGUGAUGACAAAAACUUGGCCCAGAAGCAAAAUUCUGGUAGCGAAAUUUGGGAUCUAAAAGAGGAAUUGGUUAUUCUUGAAAAGCGAAUAGCUCAUGAAGAGGCUGACAAGAAGCGUCUGCAGAUGCAUAUCGAAAAAUUGCAAAGUAUCAUCCAGGUUAAGGAGGAUGAAUUAGCAUGUAUGGAACAAAUGAAAGAGGAAGAAGGUAUGAAAACUGAUGCUCAGGAGGCACUGAAGAUCAAAGCUCUUGUUCAGGAACUGAAGGACCAAAACCAGGAACUUCAAAAAUCAGUGAACGAUCUGGAAACGCGCCUGGCACUUGCGGAAGGUGAAAGAGAGGAAAUAGUAAGAGAUUCGGUUACUAUUCGGGAAACUAAUGAAAAAUUAAGACUUGAUUUUGAAAAGAAUCUGGAUUUGAUCAGACAAGAGAGAGACAGGCUCAAAAAAGAUCUUAUAGACCUUCAAAAUUCUAAUGAUAAAUUGUCUGCCGAGCUGGAAAGGUGCCAGAAAUUGGCAGAAGCGAACAAGGACAUGAUUGAAAAGGAACUUGCUGUUGCUCGGGAAUCAAAAGAGAAAUUAACCGUUGACUUUGAGGAACGUUUGAAAGUGGCAGACAAGCAGAAAGAGCAGCUUAGGGAAGAGUUAAUUUCUGCCCGAGAAUCCGGAAAAGCAUUAGCUGUGGAUCUUAAAAAGCGCUUGGAAUUUGCAGAACAAAAGAAUAUGGAGCUUCGCAAAGAAUUAGAAGCUGCAUGGGGAAGAUGUAAAAAAUCUAAGCAUGAGGCUGACGAAAAAGAUUUAGACAUAGCUUCGCUAAAAAAAGAUGUCGAACAUUUGUCGGGUGACAUACAGUCGUUGACGAUUCGUUUAAUUCACAUGAACGAAUUGGAAGGUCGCGUUGCGGAGCUCGAAUCUGUAAAUAAAAAUCUUUGCGAUAAAAACCGUGCCUUGGAGACGAAAUUAAUUAGAGUGAGGGAAGAACGCGCAGCAGUUGAAAAUGAGCAAAUUACAAGAUAUAUUGGCGAAGUGGAAGGCUUAAGUCGGGAAUUGACUGAAGCCCGGAACGCGCAUGAGUUAUCCAGCCUUGAAAUGAGCCGCCUUCGGGCUCAUUCGGUAAAUUUGUCAAAAGAAGUAAAUAAUCUGCGUGACUUCCUCACCACGGCCAAUGCGGAGAAAGAGCAACUGAAAAAAGAAGCUUGCGAGCGCCGCAGAGAACUGGAACGACUAUCAUGGUACUUUCUUUUGUACAUGUUCUUAGCUAUGGCAUGUGAAAGAAUGACUUUUCUUAUAUGGGCUCGUUUUUUUGAAACGGAUUUGCUGUCAUUUAGUAUAGAAUUUUUGAAAAUUGCCUAA